AAUCGCAUAUAUAUCAACAUAUGUGUAACUCCAUCUAGUGGAAAAAAUCCGCAUUAUUAACCGGUGCCCCUGGUAACUUCCUGUGACUCUACACUUAUUUCAAAGUAAAACGUUAACCCCCACUGCCCCUUCCUCACGGAAGCACUGGCGGCAGGCCCGCUGCAGACCGAGAGCAGCAGACAGGCGUGGCCGGUCAGUGACGGACAGUUACGGUCCAGGACCGUAAAUCAACUCGAACACUUCACUCCAAAUCUGUGUCCUCGUGCAGCUGAGAUGGAGCUGGCGAUUCUGCUAGGACGACAACACGGCCUGCAAGUCUGCUUUCCCCCUUUUGUAGAUUUUAACGUGUUUCCCAUCACAGUUCACCCCCGUCUGUUCUGUGUGAGCUUCGGGCACAGCGCACGAGGGAAAGAAGAAGCCAACGACUGCGGUGAGAGCGCUGACAGAAACCACUUGAAAAGGUCACCAAGCCAUCUCCCCUGCUUCCCGCCGAAGCCGCCCUCCGACAGCGCCGUCAUCAAAGCCGGGUAUUGUGUCAAACAGGGAGCCGUGAUGAAGAACUGGAAGAGAAGGUAUUUCCAAUUGGACGAGAACACGAUAGGCUACUUCAAGUCCGAACUGGAGAAGGAGCCCCUGCGCGUGAUCCCCCUGAAGGAGGUGCACAAAGUCCAGGAGUGCAAGCAGAGUGACAUAAUGAUGAGGGACAACCUGUUUGAAAUUGUAACGUCAUCUCGAACUUUCUAUGUGCAGGCCGACAGCCCCGAAGAGAUGCACAGCUGGAUCAAGGCCGUGUCCGGGGCCAUCGUGGCGCAGCGCGGGCCUGGCCGGUCGGCGUCGUCUAUGCGGCAGGCCAGACGGCUGUCGAACCCUUGUAUUCAGAGGAGCAGCCCGGCGGCCCCGAGCCCCAGCCCGCGCCCCGCACCUCCGCCGCGCAUCCCACCGCCGCUCGCAGCAGCUCUUUGGUCUCAAGCUUUACCCUGGAGAAGCGAGGAUUUUGCGAAUCUCUUGCCAAGGUCAAGCCAGGGAGCCUCAAGGUCCAGACUGUCCCUCCAAGAGCACCAGCUUCCCAAGUGAGCGGACGCGCCCUGCCCACCCCUCCCGGCAGGAACGGCCCUCCGGAGGGGCAGCGCGGCCCCGUGGACUUGGACUUGGACGACGCAAGCCUGCCCGUCAGUGACGUGUAAGCUGGAUGCUCGGCGGCCGCCAUGCCAGCCCCUCCCUCUCCUGAGGCUUCAGCCAAAGAUGACAGGGUGACAGGUCUCCACAGCCUGUCCCACGGCCUCGGAUGUGCUCCUCCUCAGCUGGUAACCAGGGGCCUGGGCGUGGCCAGCGCAGUGGCCUUUUUAAAGGAAAGACAGAGGCGGAGUCUCGUCUCAGCGCCCCCGUGUCGUGCGGUCUCACUGGGUGUUGAAAACGUGUGUGAUGUUUUGUCCAAUGAAUUGGAUCAUUACAUGUUUAUCCAUUUAAAACAUUAAAAAUGCUUAUCAGUUAUCUUGGUUGGUUAAAAAAAUUGCUACUAUGACUUCCUCUUAGACGAUGAAUAUUGACACAUUGUUACUGGUUAAUAUUAUUGAAUGGGAAUUGCCAGACAGAUACCUGAGCCCCGAUGUCUGGUGCUGUGAUCCGUCCCAGGACGCGGGCGGUCUGACAGGACAGGUUGGUGCCCUGGGUCUCACGGUGAGCGUGAUUCGCAGAGGGUGUUCCUGGGCUGUUGGCGAGGGCUGUGGGCUGUACUGGGUGGAGAAGGGGGGAAAGUAGAUUCUAAAACCUGUCUAUUGGACAUUUGUUAGAAAAAGGUUAACUGAGGCGGCAGUCGUCAUUGCUGUAUUCAGUGGAAGUUAUUUGGUGUGAAGUUUCUGGAGACCUGGUUUUCCAUGAAAGUUUGUACAAAGUUCUUACUUGUGUGUUGGGUCCGUGAGAGACCCCAGGUUCAUAUGCAAAGACACCUCCCUCGCUCUGUGGUUGCCUGACUGUCACUCAGCCUCGAUUCAAGUGCCUGCGUGCCAUCCCCUCACUGUGCUCAUCCCGCCUCAGUGGUUUUACACGUCGUGUUGAAUCAGGUGUCAUUUUAUGUUAGAGACACGGGAUGCGGAUGUGUUGCUGCCUGUGCAAUAUUUAUGUUUCAAAACACAGAUCACAGUCCACAUUGUCUUGGGGAGUCAUAAAUAUAAACGUAAAUAUGAGCACCUCUAGAAAGUCCUUCGUCCGAGGUGCUGAGAGCAGACAGUUGGAGCAAGUGCCGUUCUGCAGUUCAGUCUUAAACAUUCGCUUUCAGAAAAGACUCUUGAGUUCACAUGCUGCUAUUUUGUGAUGUUUCACCAUUUCACAGUACUGUUUUGUUUUGAAUUCAUACCUGUCCCUCAUUUUCUAAGAUGAGUUCUUGUCUGAGAAAGAGAGGUCACUGUCCCUGACACUACUGCUCAGCGUCACCUUGGCGCCCGGCGCGUGAGGAACGCACCGCCAGCUUCUUACUCAUAAGCUAAUGUCUUCGAUGUUCGUUUAGGGUUUUCCUUCUCCGCAGCUCCGUCUGGAAGUGAUGGGAGGAGAGGUGGUGAGUCGCUCUCACUUCUUAUUCAUUGUGCCGGCUCCUCCGAGGUCCCAAGCGGCCCGGGGGCUGGCGUGGACGGCGGGGCUGGGAGCCUCGGACAGGUCUUGGUACCGCUUACGCAUCGCAUGUUUAUUUCACAUAUUUUGGUAAUUCGAUGUUUUUCAUAGCGACAAAAUACUGUCUAUUUUGGGACUUUUAAUGGAACUACCCUUUGACUCAAUAGCAUAGGAAAACAUUCUUGUGAUUUUGGGGUCUUCUGAUAUUUAUCUCAAUACUUUUAUAAUAAUAUGAAAAUUAUUUAAUUAUUUUAAAACAUGCUUUCUUUGUAAACAUGUCACAUCUGAAUUGUCAGAAAUUCCUUUGGACACCUUCUGUUUGCUGCAUUUUUCUGUACAUGUAACAUGCCUUCUUUCAGAAUGGGGACACGCGUGUGCCUCCCAGCAUUUACCUGUACACGCGUCUUUAUAAUCCCGUGGUGGGACACUGUAACAGCGAGAAUAAACCGCUCAGAACUAAUCCCAA